ACAUAUCAGUGACUGAAUAGAGAGAAAGAAAGAAAAUGGAGUCCCAUAACUUUAAAUAUGAGGACGAUGGUAGCAUAAAACGAACAGGAACAUGGAUGACUGCAUCUGCGCACAUCGUGACGGCUGUUAUUGGGUCUGGGGUGCUGUCGCUAGCGUGGGCCGUGGCUCAAUUGGGCUGGAUUGCUGGGCCUGUGAUUCUGGUGCUGUUCUCCCUCAUCACUCUCUACACUUGUUUUCUGCUCUGCAAUUGUUACAGGUACCCUGACCCUGUUCAUGGAACCAGAAACCGCACCUACAUGAACAUGGUCAAAACUAUUCUAGGAGGAAAGCAAUACCGUUUAUGUGGACUAGCUCAGUUCUCAAAUCUUGUUGGAGCAUGCAUUGGAUACACCAUCACUGCAUCCAUCAGCAUGGUGGCCAUCGGAAGAUCGAAUUGCUUUCACAAGUAUGGGCACGAAGCUAAGUGCCAUAUAUCAAAUUACUCAUACAUGUGCAUCUUUGGAGCGGCAGAGAUUUUCUUAAGCCAAAUCCCUGAUUUCCAUAAUCUUUCAGGCCUCUCCUUCAUUGCUGCUGUUAUGUCUUUUGGUUAUUCUUCCAUAGGCAUUGGUCUCUCCAUAGCAAAAAUUGCAGGUGGAAGCCAUGUGGAUACUAGUCUUACGGGGCUGGAGGUUGGAAAAGACGUGACAGAAAUGCAGAAGAUAUGGUAUACUUUCCAAGCAAUUGGAAACAUUGCUUUCGCAUAUAGCUUCAGUCAAGUAAUGGUUGAGAUACAGGACACAUUAAAAUCAAGCCCACCAGAAAAUGGAGCCAUGAAGAAGGCAAGCGUGACUGGAAUCUCCAUCACCACAUUUUUUUACAUGCUAUGUGGUAUUCUAGGCUAUCAAGCAUUCGGCAACAAGGCACCUGGAAACUUCUUAACAGGAUUUGGUUUUUAUGAACCAUAUUGGCUUGUUGAUAUUGGUAAUGUCUUCAUAGUUGUUCAUUUAGUGGGCGCCUACCAGGUAUUUUCCCAACCAGUUUAUCUGCUUGUGGAAAGUUGGUGUGCAGGGCGUUGGCCUCAAAGCAGAAUCAUGGCAAAAGAAUACGGUGUGGACAUUCCAUUGGUUGGAACAUACAAAGUGAAUGCAUUCAGGGUGAUAUGGAGGACAGUGUAUGUGAUACUCACAGCACUCAUUGCUAUGAUUCUGCCAUUCUUCAAUAGCAUUGUGGGGUUGCUUGGAGCUAUUUCCUUCUGGCCCCUGACCGUCUACUUUCCAACACACAUGUACCUGGUUCAGGCACAAGUGCCCAAGUUCUCUAUGAUCUGGAUUGGGGUCAAAAUGCUAAAUGUCUUCUGCUUGAUUGUCAGUCUUGUUGCUGCAGUUGGAUCAAUCCAAGGAAUGGUUAUAGACCUUAAAACCUAUAAGCCCUUCAAGUAA